AUGUUUGUAAGGAGGCAACUUAAAAUGAACUCAAAGGAAAAGUUCUUUUAAUAAAAGAAUUAAUUUCAUAAACUCAAACAAUUGAUGAAGCGAUUUAUAUGUCUAAAAAUAAUUUCUUUUGUUUAUUAUUAUUUAUCCUUCAAAAAAUAUUAAUUUUAACAAAAAACUUAAAUAUCAAUGUAUUUUUAAUUUUCAUUCAGAAUUUAAAUGAUUAUCCUGAAAAAUUUAUUUAUUUUUUCUUAAUAAUUGUUAUUAAUAGAAAAUGAAACUCUUAUAAGGAUUUUCUGUAAAGAUAAAUACUCUUGA